AUAGGUCUCAUUGCAAUCGGGCGGGAAAAGCAAACGAGGGGGGGGAGGAGAUGUCGAGCUUCUCGUUCCCGGAGCGCCCGGCGGCGGAGAUCAUCGGCGCUCUCGCCCAGGUGGGCAUCGCCGCCUUGAAGCCGGAGGACCUCGCCAAUCCCUCCGCCGACCUCGUGUGCACCCUCUACUCCAACUUCCUCGCCUUCGCCGACCCCCUCGGCGAAGAAUCGGAUAUACAGAUCGCUUUCAGUGCUCUCGAGCUUCUGGAUAACCCCGACCACCAUGUGGAUGCCAUCCGGACCUUCAAUCUGUACCGCAAGAUCAAGGGCAUGCUCGCCUCCAUCCGGUUCGGCAGCUUUAAUCUUCGCGAUCUCAUCAAGCCUGAUACCAAGCGCACCCUUCAGAUCCUUAGCACCAUCGUCAACUUCAUAUAUUACAGGGAGGAGAAGCUGAACAUGCUGCAGCCUAUUGUCGAUCAAUUCCCGGCAUAUGAGGAACGAAGGGCAGAUCUCGAAGCAAAGAUCGCUGAGGUUAACAAGCUGAUUUUGGACCAUGAAGUUGCACGACAGAUGGAAGAGCCGGCAGUUCAGCAGUUGGAUGCAGAGGUCAAGGAUCUGCGACAGACUAUUCAGAAUUAUAACAAGCAGCAGAUGUCAUUGAAGACGAUGGCCAAAGCACUCAAGGAGAAGACUGAUGCUAUUAAUGACAAGAUCUCUCAAGCUGAUUUUGAGUUAGUGAAGAAUGCCCAAGAAAACUCCAAGUUGUCAUCUAAAAUUGUUCAGUCCCCUGACAAGCUACAGAGGGCACUUGAAGAGAAAAAGUCGUAUCGAACUGAGGUGAAGAACUCUGAAAGGUCAGCCAUGCAGAGCGUUCAAGAGAAAACUUCCACUUUGGAGGUGUACUCAAAGGUACAUGAUAAAUUGACCAAGCACCUAUCUCGAAUGCAGGCUAUACAAGAACAAGUAAAUUCUGCUAAAACUCUUGAGAAGGAUGUCAAAGCUUUGAAAGUUAAGUUGAGUGACGAAGGGGUUUCUAUCAUGGCUGUCGAAGCAAAAUUGGUUGAGAAGCAAGGGAAAGCUAAACAAGCUGAGGAGCUGAUCAAAGCUGCGGAAACAGAGAGGGAUGCCAGACAUGCAGAUGAAACUCAGAAGCUUAAUACUGUGAAGGCAGAGAUGGAAUGGAAGCUGCAAUGCCUGGAGCCCAGGGAAAGGAAAGCUGAAGCUAUGGUUACAAAGGGUGCUAGCUUGCGCUCAGAAUCUGACUUGCUAAGAGAAACUGGAAAUGCAAGACGACAACAACUUCAUGCCAAAUUUGAAGAAAUUUUACAGGAGUUUCACAACUAUUCUAAGAUGAAUUCCAUCCUACAAAGGUUUGAGGUGGCAGCGAAGAAGGAAGACUUGGGGCCUGCAAGCACUGAAUGAAUAGCCACCAAGGGUGCCGUCCAUCUCUAUGAUCAUGUCAAUCUAUGUGAUGUUCUUUGGUUGCCUUUUCUUGAACUACCAAUUAUGGACUUCUAUGUAUUAUAUCAUAUUUUGGAAUGUAAUUAGGUAGACAUCAAUCAGUAUUAGUGCAACUCUAUUGUACUCGACUCCUUUCCUUGAUGCAUCGGAGAUAUCUGUUCUGAGUUCAAGAAAUGUUACUUUUUUUUUCCUAAA